AUGUCAGUCUCUCCGCCAAUACACCAGCAGCGUCAACCGUCAGCCUCACCAGACAGAUCUACACGGAGCGAGCAGGAAUUCUCUGAUGAACCAUGGAAAUCUCUGGCAAAGAUCAUCCGUGAUGUCGGACCGACCCUAUCACCAGAUGAGGAGCUAGGAAGUUUAGCAGCUGCUGAGGCCGCUGUGAUAGCCAAGGAUACGGAGAGGAAUGCAGUGGUAGAUGAGACCAGGAAUGAGCUAAGGCAAUCAAGUCGUCAAUUGGCUCAAGCAUCCGCAGCAGCUCAGAGACCAUCAUCUCACCCUACAGCGAUGGAACACGAAGAACAAGUACGACAAUUGGAGCAAAAACAAUACUCUGUGGGUAAACAGCUGAACGAAGAACAGUCAGUGGUAUCGAAGAAAGAAGCGGAAUUGGGUAAAUUGAAAUUGGAGAAACAGGAGGUGGAGAAGAUAAAUAUAGGUGAAGAUGAUGAGGAUGGUCAGAGUGAUUGGAUGGAUGGGAAGAUAAUACGACUCAAGAUACUAUCAGAAAGCGGAUUCAGCUUGGUACCUUCGAAAGACAACAAAACGGCAAGUAAGAUACUGAUCAGGAACGAUCUCAAAGAUGAUAUUCAUACAGUACCUAUAGACAAUUCUCGAUCGAAAACAAAUACCGCUAAUUUGAUAUGGAGUUUAGCGAGUGAAGGUAUAUAG